AUGAGAGAGGUCAAUUUUAGCAUUCCAAAUGUCAACAAGGCCUCCGUUGGAAUCACCACUGCCCUUUACGAUCGCCGGGCAUUGGACUGCACCUCCACUUUACCCCUAAUCAACUCAUUAAACCACCUCGCAUACCUCACUACAUCCUCUGCUCGUAUUCGUGACAUCCUCACCGUCGAUGGAGGUGUCGAACGGCUGGUCUGCAUCCUCAAAGAGGGUCGCAGCAAAGAUUUGAUGAACAUGUGGAAAUGGAAUCUUGCGUUUCAAUGCGUCGUUAAUAUCGGCGUUCGGGGAUCGGAAGAUGUUAGGAAGCGUGUAGUUGAAGCGGAUAUGGUCCCCGUGAUCGCGACCAUCCUAGACAACUACAUCCAGGUCAUGGAGCGGUACCGGAUGAGAAAUGAAUCUGGAGUUAGGAGAGGUCUGGGUGCCGGACACAACCAUAAUACAGCACCCUCGCUGAGACCACGGGAAGCCAGAGCAUCCUCUGCUUCUUACUUCGAGCGUACUAACGAGCGCGCUGGUUCUACAUCCACAGAGCGAGCGGCUCGUAGACAGCCUCCUCCUCCAUCUAUUGAAAUCCCAGUGCCUUUCCCCAACGCUCUUCCUAAUGAUCAUGCCACACUGAACUCCGACUCCUCAGUACCUCUCACUGCACCAGCUAUAACAGCCGACCGACCGCUCCGACCACAUCACCACAGGAGCGUCUCCGAACUUCGAUACCAUGCAAAUUUCCCACAAAUUACCUCUAUCGCACCAACACCAGCACAGGGUUUCCCUAGCAGCAGUAACGCAUCGCAAGUUGCUGAUAUGUCAGAGACCUUCGGGUUCCGUCCGGUUAGAGAUGCGGAUAGACUCCCAUCAAUGCUAUUUGGUCAAGGAACAGCCUCACAGCCAGAGUCGCCAACAACCCCGAAUCCUCUUUCUACAGGUGUCUCUGCCCCUAUCUCCACAGGUGGAACUAGAAUGUCCAGAUCUACCAAUCGACCCUCCAUUAGACAUACCCGGUCGAUGUCGGAUGAAUCUGACGAGAUCGAGGCAAAUUCGGACGAGGUUUCGUCCAACAUCUCUGGUGGCAUAGAGAGUGGAAACGAACCGAUAGUAGGCCUCCAAUCCGGCGUCACCGUCUCCAUCCGCUCCACCGAAAUGCUUGUCGAGACAGAUGAUACUCCCAUGACCAUGGAUACACAAGCCGGUGCCGACGGACCAGAUGCCGAAACAUUCAACAUUACACAUAGAUCGCCAAUUGACGGCAGUAUCAUGGAUCCUUCCAAUGACGCCACUGAAACACCCGGAUUCUCCCAGCUCAUCAACCGUACCAGUCCAAACCCGAUGACCAUCCAACCACCGACUCAGCUCGCCGGGCUUGUUCCAAAUAACCCAUCCUCUCAACAAAUCGUCCUCCCGUCUAUGCCACGUGAGGAUGAUGUUCUUAUGUCGCUUCAGCUGCUUGCGUAUGUCUCGAAGUAUACGUAUCUUCGCACUUACUUCCAGAAAUCGCAUCUCGUGCCAAAUCUUUCUAUCAACUCGGAAAUUCACCUUCUCGACGAAGCCGAUGGGAAGACUCCUAUCCGAGCUCCUGAACCGCCAAUGGAAGAAUAUCUGGUCCCAGAUGAUUUUAAUAUCUUCCCACUCGUCGAGAAAUUCACCGUUCGUCACCACCCACAGGAUAUGCAAUACUGGGCCGGCGUCGUCAUGAGGAAUCUCUGUAGGAAAGACGAUUCCCGUGGUGGCAUCCGGCAGUGUGCUUAUUUCCAGUGUGGAAAAUGGGAGGAAUUCACACGACAAUUCGCGAAGUGCAGGCGCUGCCGACGAACCAAGUACUGCAGCAAGGAUUGUCAAAAGAAUGCUUGGGUGUAUCACAGGCACUGGUGCGUCGUGGCUGCCCAGCAGUAG